GACUAUUUUGGAAUCACUAGAUCGAAUAUCUAACGAAGAAAAUCGUACAAAGAUCGGGUUUAUCACAGUGGAUACAUCAUUACACUUUUACAGUCUUAAUUCUAACUCAUCUGAACCUCAAAUGUUGGUGGUUUCUGACCUUGAAGACGUGUUUCUUCCACAACCCGAUGAUUUAUUAGUCAAUUUAACUGAAGCUCGUUCAGUAGUUGAGUCGUUGCUUAGUCGUCUUGGUGAUAUGUUCAAAGAUACACAUAUUGUCGGCAACGCUCUGGGAUCCGCUUUGCUGGCCGGCUUCAAAUUAAUUUCUCCGAUAGGUGGUAAAAUCGUAGUGUUACAAUCUAGUCUACCAAAUAUUAAUCCUGGACAAUUGAAAAUUCGAGAAGAUUCUAAAGCAUUGGGGACUCCAAAAGUAUUUUAUGCAUUACCUUAUGGUGAAUCUUCUCUUUUACAAUCUGCAGAGCCUUUUUAUAAAAAAUUUGCUGUUGAUUGUUCUCGAUCACAAGUUUGUGUGGACAUGUUCUUACUCGGAUCGCAGUAUUCUGAUGUAGCGACAUUAAGUAUGGUUUUUAUCGCUUAUAAUAAAGCAUUAUCUAUAAUUGAUGCUCACAGUUGCUGUCCGCGGUACACUGGUGGACAAACUUAUUUUUAUCCUGCAUUUAAUGCUGGUAGAUCAGAAGAUGCUCUUAAGUUUGCCCAUGAAUUUGCGGAAUUUUUGGCUAGUCCAAUUGCAUUGGAAGCAGUAAUGCGUGUUAGAGCUUCGAAAGGUCUGCGUAUGACUGCUUUUCACGGGAAUUUCUUUGUUCGUCAAACGGAUCUGCUUGCUUUACCCAAUGUUUCAAGAGAUCACUCUUAUGCCAUCGAAGUUGGUAUAGAAGAAAACAUAACAACACCAACUGUUUGUUUUCAAACUGCUCUUUUACAUACAACUUGCUUUGGUGAAAGAAGGAUUCGUGUAUUAACAUUAGCAUUGCCAGUUACAAAUAGUAUAAGCGAACUUUAUGCUUCAGCCGAUCAAAUAGCUAUAUCGACAUUAUUGGCAAAUAAAGCGGUGGAAAGGUCGUUAUCUUCAAAAUUGGAAGAUGCACGAGAUGCAUUAACAAAUAAGUUGAUUGAUAUUUUGGGCGUAUACAAAUCAGCUAUUACUGGGUCUCAAGGAGCUUCGCCCCAAUUACAAAUUUGUAAUAAUCUGAAAUUGUUGCCUUUGUUAGCACUUGGGCUGCUUAAGCAUGCUGGAACAUAUGGACCGGAUGGAAUAAUUAUGCCACCGUCCUUAAAUUUAAGUAGUGAAAAAUUAGAACGCCAUGGUGCAUACUUAUUAGAGGAUGGCCAAAAUAUUUUUAUCUGGCUUGGUAGACAAGUAGUGCCUCAAUUAUGUAUGGAUUUAUUGAAUGUUCGUUCAUACGAAGAAGUCCAUUCUGGAAAGGUUACCCUAUUGCAACUGGACAAUUCAUUCUCACAACAUGUGAAUGCAAUUAUUGGUAAAACUCGAGAAUCACGGCGAGGUGUUUAUUAUCCUCAUCUUUAUAUAGUAAAAGAAGAUGGCGGUGAUCCAUCGUAG